AUGAUCAAUCCAAUCCCAUGGAAAUGCCCACCAAAAUUUGUGGGUCUCUAUGGGAUGACAAAUUCGAAGUACUAUAAAAUAUUAGAAUGCAUUAAAAAUCUUGAUGAUACAAAAAAUUUAGAAAAUACAAACUUCUUUUGCAACGAAAUAAGUAGCAAAAUAAAUUACGAGAAUCUUAUUGAUGAGAUUUCUGAUCAAGAACCAUCUACAAUUCAAGUUUUUGCCGAAUUAAUUUUGCAAAAAAUAGAAUAUGUUAUUCCAAACAUUCAAAAUGGAGCAAUGAUGUCAAUAAUAGAGUCUAAAGCUCUGAAUUCUGUUUCCAAAUUUACUGAAUCACUUAAAAUCGGAUUUUUAUUAUUUAAAAUCUCUAAAAUAGACACGAUUUCAGACAUUGUAAAUAUAGCAAAUGAAGCAACCAAGUAUAUCAUUAAUUCGGAGACUUCAAUUUCAAUACAAUUUUGUAAAUCUUUUUUUAGAAAAUUAUAUUCCAUUCUUGACAACGACAAAACGCUUCAUAAUGAGAAGAUUUCAGUAGUAUCAAGGAAUUACGUUAUAUUAGUUCGCUACACGAACACAUUAAUAUCAAAAAUCAUCAAAGAAAAACCACAAAUUUUUGCAGAUGAUGAAUUGAAUGGAAUUUUAUGGAGUUUUUUAGAAAGAUUAGAUCUUAUUGCUCCAUCACCUUUCUUUUUUGUGGACCAUCCAGAAAAUUGUACUUUAACUGCUGCAAUAACAUUAUCCAUAAUAAUUGGCGAAAUUAUUGCUUCAAUUGAAACAGGAGAAGAUUUUGCGAAGACAAUUAUUGCAUUUCAUAGUUACUGUCCUGUUCAAACACGUGAUUGCUUGUGGUAUUACGCUCAAGAACAUUCCCAAAUUGUUUAUGAUGAAAUUGAGAACUCGCAAAGCCUUAUUGACAUAUUUUGUGAGAAUAGAAUUGAUGUUGAUCUAUUCAAUACACCUUUUUUCAUCAAAUCCGUUCAGGGAGAAGCAAAAUCGUUUUAUGAAUUUCCAGAUCCAGACGUAAUGGAAAGAUUACUUGUUAGAAGAAUAGAUUAUGAAAGGGUGAUAUCAUUUGGCCUAGUUAAUGAUAGUUUACUUGUAAAUGAAGAUAUAAUUUUUGCAAUUUUAACAGAAGGCAUAGCUGGUAUCAAAAUUGAUAUGGGAAAUAUGAAUAUUAAUGGUAUGUUAUUGAAAUUUGAAACAGUUUUAAACUGUGUCGAGUUAAUUUCGAGAUAUUCUGGAUAUAAUGAGAAAAAUGUUCAGAAAUUUGUACAAAUUGUUGACUUAUAUUUAAUAUCACCACUAUAUAACCCAAAUUCAAACGCCGUCACCUAUCCAGAAGCGAGAAUUAGAAAAUUAUUGGAUUAUCACGUUCAAUUGAUGAAGCAAUCACCAAAUAUAUUUAUUUAUUAUGCCUUUACUAAUCAAAAUCAUCUAUCUUCUGUAUUUUUUAUUAGUUAUCUUUAUGAAAAUUUACAUCCUGAGGAUUCUCUUAACAUUGUGAAGUUAUUUGUCACAGCAAACAUGAAACAAGCAUGGAUAUCCCUUCAUUUAUCCACAGAAAUGGCAAAGAACGUGGCAUCUUUUUCAAAAGAUUCGAGAUUUUGUUUUGUUAUAUUAAGAUGUCUCGUUGACGCUUUUCUUAUGAAUGCUGAUGAUUUGGCAAGUGGAUGUUACAUACUACGGUUGUUUUCAAAGCUUGUUUCUUGCAAAGAAUUCAGCGAAGAGUUUAACUCGAAUAAAAUGUUUCUUGCCCUUCUGGAUGCCACUAAAGAAUACAACCAUGAAGAGUAUAAUUACUUAGUUCGUAAAAUUAAGAAACGGUUCUUUUAA